UGGAGCAAUGACAAGUUACACCAUGCAAGCACGUUCCCUUUGGGAUUAUCUCUGCAUUUUCCCUUGGCACUGCCCCAGGGAGGUUGGGAACUUUCUUCCAGUGCAUUUAAGCCCAGAAGGGCGGGGAAAUGCAGGUGUAAAGGUCAGUGGGGCGAGAGCUGUGGAGAGCUGCCUGGACUUCAGCCUUCCCUUCCAAUCCACCACAGAGAUUCUGCCGAGGGCUGAGCAGUGAAGGCACAGCACAGCUGCAAGGUUUGCUCCUCGCUCCUCCUGGAUGGGUUUGGCAGGCUUGGAGAGGGGGCAGACAGCUCUCCAGGGGUUUGGCAUUCACUGAUGGCUUUGCCUUGCUGCUGGUGGGGGGAGAGGGGUGUUGCAGGGAGCCUCUGGAGUAAAACCAGUAAAAGUGGGGUGAGUCGAGCUCCCUGAGUUUCACGGCCUUUUCCUGAAGGCUCCAGAAACGAGGCAGGCGGCUGUGGGCAUGUCCUGCCCUGUUCCUGCAGAUCAAGGAGUGGCUCAGGCCAGGCUUGUAGAUGCCAAAGGGGUUUUUUUGCACCUCCCUCAUUUUUCCCCGGCUUUCUUCAGUUUCCUCCAGUUUCUAUUUACGCUAACUUACUUUUUGACAUGAAACUGAUAGGAAAAGUUAUAAAUUACUCUUUCUGCAGACUCUGCAGUAGGAGUAUUUCUUAAUCAAAGUUCAUGUGGGUUCAUUUUUUCCUAGUUUUCUUUGCUUCCCAGUCAAGCUGGGUGCAGCUCAGUUUACACUCCCGAGCUUUGAGUUCCUCCCAUUUAUACCCAGCGUUUCCUGGGUUUCUUACUUUUUGUAUAUCCUGUAAUCCCAGCCGUGCUUUCACAGAGCUGUCUAACUUCUGAAUGGGUGUGCUGUGCUCCUGCUCAGUCAGGCAUUGCUUUGCUUUUUUCCCCUUUUUUUUUUUUUUAAACCCUUUUUUGUUUACAAGAGAUUGCUCUUUAAUGGGAAAUUAAAAAGGAAAGCGUGAAAACGAGCCAGCUUAGCUGGAGUUGUUUCUUUCUUACAAAGGUCUUAGGAGGAUCACUUUAUACAGGCAGAAGAAGAUAGCUGCAACUUCUUUGCACUCCCUAGUUUGGGCUGGAAAAGGGAAUGAAUGGAAGCAGCAGAACAGUGAGGUUUAAAAGCGCCUCCUUUUUCCUCCCCAAUGGAGGAGGGAGAUUCCUGGACCCUCAUUGUGGAUUUAGCACAGCAGGGAGGGUAAUGAGCAGGAUCUGUGCACAGCACUUGAACCAGGAGCCGGCCAUGGCUUUCUCCAGGACAGUUUUCCUUCGGGGACACCUGCCAGAGAAGACCAGGGGUGUUUUGCUGGGGAUGGCAAGAAAACACCGGCGUUUCUGCUGAUCCCUGGGCUGUGUUUGUGUUUCCAGCUGCUCUCCCACCAGCCUGUGUCACCUGCUGCAGGCCAGCAUGGUCCGGCGGGUGGCCGUGAUCGGGGCUGGGGCUGGGGGCUUGGUCUCUGUCAAGUGCUGCCUGGAGGAGGGGCUGGAGCCCACCUGCUUCGAGAGCAGCGAGGACAUCGGCGGCAUCUGGCGCUACACGGACUCCACAGACAGCAGGAGGGUCAGCGUGUACCGCUCCGUCAUCACCAACACCUCCAAGGAGAUGUCCUGCUUCAGUGACUUCCCCUUCCCCCAGGAUUUCCCCAGUUACCUGCCCCACGGCCUCGUCCUGGAAUACUUCAGGAUGUACGCCCGGCACUUCGACCUCCUGCGGCACGUGCGCUUCCAGACAACAGUUCUCAGUGUGAGAAGGUGCCCGGAUUUCAGCACCUCAGGCCAGUGGGAGGUGGUCACCGAGGCUGGUGGUGUCCGUGAGUCCCACGUCUUCGAUGCUGUCAUGGUUUGCACUGGCCAUUACCAGGAGCCCUACUUGCCAUUGGCUUCUUUCCCAGGCAUUGAAAGUCGCUUCAAAGGGCAGUGCCUGCACAGCCGGGAGUACAGAGACGUGCAGGAUUUCCGAGGAAAGCGGGUCCUGGUGGUCGGCAUCGGCAACACUGGCGGCGACCUCUCCGUGGAGCUGAGCCGUGUGGCUGCCAAGGUGUUCCUCAGCACCAGGAGCAACACGUGGGUGCUCAGCCGGGUGUCAGACCAGGGCUUCCCCCUCGACAUGGUCAGCACCACCCGCUUCAAUCACCUCCUGGAGUGGCUUCUGCCAUCAGCCCUCGCCAGGAGGAUCAGGUUUCGGAAGUUCAAUUCGUGGUUCAACCACACGAACUAUGGCUUGGCUUCCAGCAAAAGCUCCAAAUUUAAGAUGAUUAUCAAUGAAGAGCUGCCAUUCUGCCUCCUCUCUGGGACUGUGGUGCUGAAGCCAAACGUGAAGGAAUUCACUGAAAACUCUGCUGUUUUUGAAGAUGGGACAACCGAGGAAAACAUCGACGUGGUGCUCUUUGCCACGGGCUACAACUUUUCAUUCCCCUUCCUCGAGGAGUCUGUCAGCAGCACCAUCCACAACAACCGUUCCCUCUACAAAUGCAUCUUCCCUCCCCAGCUGGAGAAGCCCACGCUGGCCAUCAUUGGCCUGAUCCAGCUGACAGGCUCCAUCAUGGUGGGGUCAGAAAUGCAGGCUCGCUGGGUCACAGGGGUCUUUGCAGGCUGGAACAAGCUGCCUCCCCCCAGCAGGAUGAUGGCUGAGGUUCUGAAGAGCAAGCCACCAGUGAAAAGGAAUCCAUCUGAGAGGGAGAACCUGAAGAUGAGUUUUAUCAGCUACGUGGACAAAAUCGCCGCGUGUGCCGGCGUCAAGCCCAGCGUGAUGAGGCUGCUCCUGACUGACCCCCAGCUGGCCCUGGCCAUCUUUUUUGGGCCCUGCUCACCCUACCAGUACAGGCUGGUGGGACGGGGCAGCUGGAGCGGGGCCAGAGCUGCCAUCCUGAGCCAGUGGCAGCGCACACUGAAGCCCUUGAGAACGCGGGUGCUGGCUGACAGCUCCGACAGCUCCUCCAGCUGGUGCUGGAUGUGCCUCCUGGCUCUGCCAGCUGCUCUCACUGCAGGUUUUCUCUUCUCCAAAUACCCCUGGGCAGGUCCCCAGCUGUAGAAGAAACCUGGAGAGCUGCAAUGCCAGGUGAUCUGGGGACGGUGCAAAGCUGUGCCACCUGUGCCAGGUGCUGCCAGAGGGCUGGAGCUGGCACCAGCAGCAGCCUGGGGCAGCCUGGUGUCCACCCAGCCCCUGCUGAUGUGACAGGAGUGCUCACUCUGAACCAUUCUGGGAUGAACUGGUGAAGCAUGAGGCCAGCCUUCCUCCCCCUGCUCCCAAAAGUUUUGGCAAGACCCACACCACCUUGAGAUUUCAUGAAACGUGAGCUGUCGAGAGCUGCUUCUGUGUCUGGUAACUUUUGGGAUGUGAAAGAGGGAGCCACAAAUAAACCUCACAGAUUUGGUCUUUGCA